AUGUACUACACCGUGUGGGGCUCCUCCCCGCCCUCAGUCACCCAGGCCUCCUUAUCCGGCUCUGGGGCCACGGCGCUGGCGCGGCGGGCGCUGGUGUACCCGGGCGCGGCCGCCGUGCAGCCGGCCACUGGGGCGCUGUACUGGGCAGACACGUACAGGGAUGCCGUGGAGAGGUCGCUUAAUGGGACGAGGAAGGCGUUUCGGCAUACGCUGAGUCAGAACCUAGUCGGCCUAGACGUGUUCGAAGACCUGGUGUACAUCCCGGCGUGGAGCAACAGCUCCAUCGAGGCGGUGGCGGCGACCGCCCCCCGCGCCGCGCGCCCCCUCCCCCGCGCGCUGCCGCUGGACGCCCGCCCCCGCGCUGUCAGGGUGUUUCAUAAGCUCAAGCAACCUAUGGUCCCGCACCCGUGCCGCGAGAACAGGGGCGGGUGCGCGCAUAUCUGCGUCACGGCGUACCGCGAGGGCAGGCCGCACGCGCACUGUCUGUGUAAACACGGGUACCGGCUGUCAGGGCAUAAGGAUUGCGUGCGCGCAGAACUAGACACAUACCUCAUGGUAGCCGGGGGCUCCCCACCACUGGUCCAAUCGCUGGCGCUGGACGAGGCACACUCGGCGUGGGAGCCCGCCGCGCCCGCCACUCGCCUCGAGCGCCCCACGGCUAUAGACGUGCAUCUCAAGGAGAAUAUGCUAUAUGUUGCUGAUGUGCAUAAAUACGAGAUAUCCCGACAGAAAUUAGACGGCUCUGGAUACGAGGUGUUCGUGGCGCACGACGUCGACAACUGCGAGGGACUCGCCGUCGACUGGAUGGGUCGGAACCUAUAUUGGACGGACGACGCUUUAGGCUCGAUCUCGGUGGCUCGUCUAGACAACAGCUCGCUGCGGCGCACGCUGGUUCGCGAGCCGGGGUUCAACCCACGAGCCAUCGCACUCGACCCCGCUAACGGCAUGAUGUACUGGUCGGUGUGGGCGGGCGCGACGGGCUCGCGCGCGCGGCUGGAGGCGGCCGACAUGGCGGGGGGCGGGCGGCGCACCCUCGUGGCUGAGAGGCUGCACUGGCCCAACGGACUGGUGAUAGAUCUGGAGAAGCAGCACUUGUACUGGUGCGACACAUACCUGGACAAGAUCGAGCGUGUGGAGCUGGUGGGCGGCGCGCGGCGCGUGGUGCUGCGGGACGCGCCCGCCGCGCCGCUGCUCAAGCCCUACGGACUGGCGCUGUACGACGGCAUGGUGAUCUGGAGCGAGCUGGGCACGGGCAGCAUCCGCGCGCUCACGAACGCCACCAACGUGAAGUUGCUGCGGGAGCUGCCGCCGCCGCUGUAUGAUCUGAAGCUAGUCACUGUCACUGCGCAGACCGGCCAGAACCAGUGUUCAGUGAACAACGGCGGGUGCGCGGAGCUGUGCCUGGCCACGCCGGGGGGGCGGCAAUGCGCGUGCGCAGACGGACGCGCCCCCGACCCCGCCGCCCCCACCACCUGCGUUGUCGCCCCCGGGCCCACCAGCAAAUGUGAGCCCAACAAGUUCUACUGUAAAAAGGGUGGGCGCUGCAUCGAGCUGUCGCUGCUGUGCGACGGCGACGCGGACUGCCCCGACCGCGAAGACGAGGAUGACUCGCCGCACGGACCUUGCGCGAACGUGACGUGCCGCGCGGAGCAGUUCAAGUGCGACAACAGCUGCUUCCCGCGCAGCUGGCUCUGCGACGGGUACAGAGACUGCGCGGACGGCGUGGACGAGGCGUCCUGCUCGACGUCGGCGGCGGCGGAGGCGUGCGCGGCGGCGCAGUGGCGCUGCGCAGGCGGGCGCUGCGUGCCGGCCGCCUGGCGCUGCGACGGCGCCGCCGACUGCCCCCCCGGGGACAACAGCGACGAGGCGGACUGUGAGAAGGCGGUGUGCGACGCAGAGAUGUUCGUGUGCGCGGGCGGCGCGUGCGUGCCGCGACAGUACACGUGCGACGGCGCCGCCGACUGCCCCGACGCCAGCGACGAGCUGCACUGUCCCCCAAGAAGCGACAUGGUGAACCAGACGGAGGCGCGGCCCGCACUGCUGUGCGAGGAGCACGAGUUCCAGUGCACCAACGGGGAAUGCAUACGAAAGGAGUUCCGUUGUGACUCCCGCGUGGACUGUCUGGACGGGUCGGACGAGACGGCGUGCAACGGCACCGCCCCCGCGCCCCCCGCCGCCCCCGCGCCCCCCGCCGCCCCCGCGGCCCCCGCCCCCGCGCCCUGCGCCGCCCCCGCGCUGCAGUGUGACGCGGGGCGCUGCGUGCCGCUGGACCGACUGUGUGACGGCACACAGGACUGUGAUGACGGGAAGGACGAGGCUGAUCGAUGCGGCGAGCCGAUGUGCGACCUAGCACCCUGCUCACACACAUGCCAUCCCUCUCCCUCCGGGCCGGUGUGCGGGUGCCCCGUCCCGCUCGCUCUGCAGGCGGACGGCGCCACCUGCUCCAAGCACGAGCCUUGCAAGGAGUGGGGCAUCUGCAGCCAGAAAUGCGAGCCGUACAAGAACCGGCACAAGUGUUCCUGCUACGAGGACUACAAGUUGGCAGAUGACGGCUUCACCUGCAAGAGUACAUUACCAGACGUGCCGCUCCUAGUGUUCAGCAACCGGCACGAGCUGCGCGGCGUGCCGCUCGGGGGCGGCAACGCGGGGGGCGGCGGCGCGGGUGGGGGCGGCAACUCCCCGGGGGCGGGGGGCGGCUCGCGCGCGCUCGUCUCCGCGCUCAAGAACACCGUGGCCGUGGACUGGGAUACGGAUCCUGUUUCUGGGAAUAUCUCGUUGUACUGGACCGAUGUGCUCGACGACCAUAUUUAUAGAGGACAGCUGUUGAAUGGAGUGCUGAGCAACAUCGAGGUGGUGGUGCAGACGGGGCUGGCCACGGCCGAGGGGCUCGCCGUCGACUGGGUCGCGCACAACAUCUACUGGGUGGAGAGCUCACUGCACCAGAUCGAGGUGGCGCGCUGGGACGGCGCGUACAGACGCACGCUGGUGGCCGGCGACAUGGACUCGCCGCGCGCCGUCGCCGCCGACCCCACCGUCGGCUACCUGUUCUGGACGGACUGGGAGCAGUCCGCGCCGCGCAUCGAGCGCGUGUCGCUGGCGGGGCGCGGGCGGCGGCGCCUGCUGCACGUGGCGGCGCUGGCGGCGGGCGCGUGGCCCAACGGCCUGUCGCUCGACCACCGCGCGCGGCGGCUGUACUGGCUGGACGCACGAUCGGACUCCAUCCACACGACCACAUACGAGGGCACAGACUACCACGAGGUGCUGCGCGGCCACGCCGACUUGUCGCACCCCUUCGCGCUGUGCGUGUUCGAGUCUCGAGUGUACUGGACCGACUGGCGGAGCAAUAGUGUGGUUACUGCGAACAAGUUUAAUGGAAGCGAUGUGAGGGUCGUGCAGCGGACGCUGACGCAGCCGUUUGAUAUUAAGGUGAUCCACCCGUCCCGGCAGCCCCGCGCGGCGCACAACCCGUGCGGCGUGAACAACGGAAACUGCUCGCAUCUGUGCCUGAUCCACUCCGCCACGGAGCGCGUGUGCGCCUGCCCGCACGUCAUGCGCCUCGCUAGCGACGACAUCACGUGUGAAGGUAAGUUAUCAACAACGGACCUGUGCCUGAUCCACUCCGCCACGGAGCGCGUCGACGACAUCACGUGUGAAGGUAAGUUAUCAACAACGGACCUGUGCCUGAUCCACUCCGCCACGGAGCGCGUGUGCGCCUGCCCGCACGUCAUGCGCCUCGCUAGCGACGACAUCACGUGUGAAGGUAAGUUAUCAACAACGGACCUGUGCCUGAUCCACUCCGCCACGGAGCGCGUGUGCGCCUGCCCGCACGUCAUGCGCCUCGCUAGCGACGACAUCACGUGUGAAGGUAAGUUAUCAACAACGGACCUGUGCCUGAUCCACUCCGCCACGGAGCGCGUGUGCGCCUGCCCGCACGUCAUGCGCCUCGCUAGCGACGACAUCACGUGUGAAGUCCACGAGAAAGUCCUGCUCAUCGGUCGUCUGGGCGAGAUCCGUGGCGUGGAGCUAUCCGACCCGGCGGUCCUGACCAUACCUGUGCGCGGCGGCGCGGGGGUCGCGGCGCCCGGGAACCUGCAGGCGCAUCAUGCGAGCUAUACGAUUUAUUGGAGCGAUACUGAGACAAACGAGAUCAAGAUGACCGGCCUAACCUCCGGCCCGGUCCGGACGGUGUUCGACGCGGGCGUGGAGGCCCCGCGCGGGUUCGCGCUGGACUGGGCGGGCGGCGUGCUGUACCACAGCAGCGCCCGCCGCCGCGCCGACACGCUGCACGCUGCUAAUCUACAGGGGGAGUAUAGUACGGUGGUGUUCGAUGAGGGGAGCGGAUUGAGUAAUGUCAGCAGUUUAGCUGUGCAUCCGUUUAGAGGCAAGUUGUACUGGGCGCACUCGCCGGGCGGGCGCGAGAUGCUGGAGAGCGCGGCGUGCGACGGCACCGACCGGAAGAUACUCGUGACGAGAGAUAGUGACGUGCAUCUCGCUAAAGUUACCAGUCUGACGGUGGACCUGGACAGCUCUCGUCUGUACUGGGUGAACGCCGCCUCCGCCACCGUGCAGUAUCUAGACCUGGACACCAACCAGGUGCACACUGUGCCCCUACCCCCGGGCGCGCGGCCCUCCACGCUGGCGGUGUACUCCGGGCGCGUGUACUGGGCGGACGACGCCGGCCUGCGCGCCUGCCGCCUCGACCAGUGCCAGAGUACGGAGCUGCUGCUCAACAACACUGAAAGCAUAACCUCUCUCCUCGUAUUCGACGCGAGCACCCAAAACGUCACGCGCUACGGGCGCGGCGCGUGCGCGGCGCGGGGCGUGCCGUGCCCGCAGCUGUGCCUGCCCGCGGGGGCCCGGGCUGUCUGUCGUUGUGCUACGGGGUACGAGGCCAAGGGGGACCAGUGCGUGCCGACGGACAACAUCGUGGUGUACUCGCUCGGGUGGGAGAUCCUGGGGGCGCGGCUGUCGGGGGCGCGGCCCGGGGAGCCCGCGCUGCCGCCCGUGGCGCCGCUCAGCAUGGCCGACACCAUCGACUACCUGGCAGACGGCGCGUGGCUGUACUGGGCGGACAGCGAGGCGGGCGAGAUCUGGCGCGCCCGGCGCGACGGCACCGCGCGCGCCGCCGUCGUCACCUCGCCGCCGCAGGCCUCCGCGGCGGAUACCCUGGCUGGCGUGGCGAUCGAUUGGGUGUCGCGCAACAUGUACUGGGCGGACCUGCGCGGCGGCGCCGUGGCCUGCGCGCGCGCAGACGGCUCCCACGCCUACGUGCUGCUCGAUACUGCGGACAUACCCGUCACUAAGCUGGCGGUGGAUCCGUACUCCGGCUGGCUGUUCCUGGCGGGCGCGCGCGUGAUCCGGCGCGCCAGGCUCGACGGAACCGGGGUAGAGCUCCUGCACAACGGCACCGGGGUCACCGACCUCGCGCUCGAUAUAGAGAACCAGCACGUGUACUGGUCAGUCUCCGGCGGCAGCGAGGGCGGCGCGGUGUGGCGCAUGCGCUACUCGGGGGCGGGCGCGGCGCCGCUGCUGCAGGGCGCGCCGCUCCGACACCCGCAGGCGCUGGCCGCCCACCAGCACCAGCUGUACUGGCUCGACACUAACCUAAACGGCGGGUCGGUGCUGGCGGCGCCGCUGGCCAACCUGAGCGACUACCGCGUGCUGCGCGACCACCAGGGCGCCAGUCUCAAGGACCUGCUGAUCUGGUCAUCCGCAUCUCAAGCCAUCCCCCCGUCCUCCGUCAACCCUUGCGGCGUGAACAACGGCGGCUGCAGCGACCUCUGCCUGUUCAACGGCACACAUGCAAACUGCAAGUGUCCGCACGGAGACCUCGCGCCCGACGGGAAGAACUGCACAUCGUUCUCAAUGUUCCUGAUGUACUCCCGCGUGACGCGGCUGGAGAGCGCGCACCUCGACCCCGCGCAGCGCCUCGGCGCGCCCUACCCGCCCAUACAGGACAAGGAGCUGAUGCGCAACGCGAUCGGGCUGGCGUACGACUACAACUCGUCGCGCGUGUUCUACUCCGACAUCCAGCGCGGCUCCAUCAAUGUGGUGCACUUCGACGGCACCGACCAUCGAGUGCUGCUGCCAAAGGUGGGCGCGGUGGAGGGCGUGGUGUUCGAGCCGACGUCCGAGAGCCUGUACUGGACGUCCGCGUCCGCGCCCGCCGUGCGCCGCGUGCACGUGCCAGAGGUGGAAGCAGCCCCCGAGAGCGCGCGCACGGCGCUGAUCCGGACCGUGGUGCGGCUGCCGGACGGGGACCGCCCGCGCGGCAUCGACGUCGACCCCUGCGACAACCGCGUGUACUGGAGCAACUGGAACACGUCCCGCCCGUCACUCCAGCGCGCCUACUCCAACGGCUACCGGCUGCAGACCAUCGUGUCCACGCACAUCCUGAUGCCCAACGGCCUGGCGCUGGACCACCACGCCAAGCACCUGUACUGGGCUGAUGCGAGGUUGGACAAGAUUGAACAGUGCCAUUAUGAUGGAUCGCAUCGAAGGAUAAUAACGCAGACAGGGACAUCCCACCCGUUCGCAGUGACCGCGUACAAAGGCACCGUGUACUGGACAGAAUGGGUGUCGGGCGCGGUGUGGGCGCGCGGGGCGGGCGGCGCCGCCGUGCUGGCGUGGGGCGCGCCCGCCGCCGCCGCCCGCCCCAUGGGGCUGCGCGCCAUCGUGCCCAACACGCACUGUUCCCCGAACCCAUGCGCUGUGCUCAACGGCGGGUGCUCCCAGAUCUGCUCGCUAGACGCCGGGGGGCGCCCCACGUGCGCGUGCCACCCGGGGCAGGCGCUGUCGCCGGACGGACACUCGUGCCGCCCGCCCGCCGCGCCGCCCUGCCCGUCCAGCCACUUCGCCUGCAGCGAGGGCGGCUGCAUACCCGAUGAGCUAGUGUGUGAUAAUAUACCGCAUUGUUCUGAGGACGCUGAUGCUAGUGAUGAAGACUUGUAUUAUUGUACAUCCCGCUCCUGCGCGGCGGGGCUGGCGCAGUGCGGCGCGGGCGGGCGCUGCGUGGCGGCGGCGGCGCGCUGCGACGGCCGCGCCGACUGCGACGACGCCUCCGACGAGGCCGACUGCGACUGCGACAACGCGCAGUUCAAAUGUGCCUCCACGGGAGCAUGCGUGGAGCUGGCGGGGCGCUGCGACGGCGUGCCGCAGUGCGACGACGGCAGCGACGAGCUGGACUGUCCCGCUUCCACCUGCGCCACUCUCGGUCCGUCGGCCAUCGCGUGCGAGUCGCCGCCGGCGUGCUACCUGCCCGCGUGGCGCUGCGACAACCACACCGACUGCCCCGACGGCUCCGACGAGGCGCACUGCGCGCUCGAGUGGUCGGACAUAUCGUCGGACGAGUGGAGCGUGGAGUCGGACACCUCGGACGAGGCGCCGGCGUGCAGCAGCGAGCAGUUCCAGUGCGGCGCUACCCCCGCCGGGGGGGGCAACGCCAGCGCCACGUCCAACGCCAGCAGCCUCGGCGUGGAGUGUAUACCCGCCUCGUGGCGCUGUGAUGGACGCGUGGACUGUAGUGACGGAUCGGAUGAGGCAGAACAUUGCGCCAAGUCCGGCGUGGGCGGCACGUGCGGCCCACAGCAGUUCCACUGCUACCUGUCGGACACGUGCGUGGCGGCGGCGGCGGCGUGCGACGGGCGCGCCAGCUGCCCGCGCGGCGAGGACGAGGCCGCCUGCCCCUGCGCGCCCGGCGCCGUGCGCUGCGCCGUGGGGGGGCAGUGUGUGCCGCAGAGUGCGUACUGCGACGGCGACGCGGACUGCCCGGACGGGUCGGACGAGCCGCCGGGCUGCGCGCCCGCCCCCGCCGCGCCCGCCCCCGCCCCCGCGCCCGCCCACGCGCUGUGUGCUGGCAUGCCGGGGGCUCUGUACUGUAGUGGCCGCUGUCUCAGCCCCGAGCUGGUGUGUGACGGGAGAGACCACUGCCAGGACGGCGGCGGCGGCGGCGCCGGGACGGAUGAGGACCCGCUUGUUUGUGCCGCCUCCUUCGUGCAGUCGUUCCACGUGCCGGGCGCGGCUGUGGCGGUGGCGGCGCGGUGCGGGGGCGCGGCGGUGGCGGCGGGGGGCGCGGGGGGUGCAGGGGGGCGCUGGCGCUGCGGCUCGGGCGCGUGCGUGGACCGCGCCGCGCUGUGCGACGGACACGACCAGUGCGGGGACUAUACGGAUGAACUGUUCUGUGGUAUAAACGAGUGCCUGUACGACAACGGCGGCUGCGCCAUGAACUGCACGGACCUGGCGGUGGGGCACGCGUGCUGGUGCGGGGGCGGGCGGCGCGGCGGGGGGCGGCGCUGCGAGCCCGUCGACCACUGCGCCGAGGACGAGCCCUGCGCGCACCUCUGCAGGAACACGGUGGACAGCUUCGUGUGCUCGUGCCACGCCGGCUACCGGCUCAUGGCGGACGGCGUCAACUGCGCGCCAAUCACCAACAUAAAGCCCAGCUUAAUCCUCACAAACCGCUACUACAUCCGUCGCCUGGGCCUGUCCCCUCGCUCGGAGCGCAGCACGCUGCUGGUGCACAACCUCACCAACGCCGUGGGGCUGGAUUACGACUGGGGGGCGGGCUGUGUGUACUGGAGCGACGUGACGCGCGCGGGGUCCAGUAUACAGCGGCUGUGCGGCCUUCAGCCCGAGCGGCACCUGCGCGACCAGCGGCCCGGGGAGCUGCCCGACCACAACGGACGGGAGCCCGAGCUGCUGCACGGCAUCACUCUGCACAACCCGGACGGGCUGGCGGUGGACUGGGUGGGCGGCAACCUGUACUGGUGCGACAAGGGCACGGACACCAUCGAGGUGUCCCGCCUGGACGGCAGGCACCGCCGCGUGCUGCGCAGCUCCCAGCUCAGCGAGCCGCGCGCGCUGGCGCUGGCCGUGGACCGCGGCACACUAUUCUGGUCGGACUGGGGCUCGUCGCCGCACAUCGGGCGCAUGGGCAUGGACGGCUCGGACCCAAGACGCAUCAUCACCAAGGGGCUGGGCUGGCCCAACGCGCUGCUCGUGUCGCAUGCUACUGAGGAGUUGUACUUCGCGGACGCGCGCGAGGACUACAUCGCCGUGUCGGACAUGGAGGGCCGCCGCGUGCAGGUGCUGUUCAGCAGAGAGAAGUUCGGUUGGCUGCGCCUUCACCACGUGUUCGCCCUAGCCGAGUGGGGCGGGCGGCUGUACUGGAGCGACUGGGAGACGCGCGCCGUGGAGUCCUGCCGCCGCCGCCCGCUGCCGCCCGCCCUCUACCACAAGGAACUGCAGAAGCACGCGAACGAGUCUGGCUGGGAGCUGUCUGCGGGCGGCGCGUACGACUGCGGCCCCGUGGCUCACACCGUGCACAAGCCCAUGGACCUGCGCGUGUGGCACCCCGCGCGCCAGCCGCCGCACCCCGAGCUAUCCUCCCUCUGCGCGUCUCUCAACUGCUCCGGCUUAUGCCUACUAUCCCCCCUGCCCCCGCCGCCCCCGGGCGCGCCCCCCGGCCCCCUGGCCACGGCGGCGUGCGCCUGCCCCGAGCACUGGGCGCUGGGCGCCGACGGCCGCUCGUGCGCGCCCAACUGCUCCGCCGCGCACUUCGUGUGCGAGCGCAGCAUGAAGUGUAUACCGUUCUGGUGGCGGUGCGACACGCAGGACGACUGCGGCGACGGGUCGGACGAGGCGGGGGCGUGCCCCGCGUUCCACUGCGCGCCGGGCGAGUACCAGUGCCCGGGCGGCGCGCGCUGCCUGCACCCCGCGCGCCUGUGCGACGGCGCGCCGCACUGCCCCGGCGGCCACGACGAGCUGCACUGUGACAAGUUCACGUGCCUGACGGGUCAGUUCAAGUGCCCGGGCAACUCCACGACGGGCGCGGGCGCGCGCUGCCUGGCGGCGGAGAAGAGAUGCGACCGCGUGCGGGACUGCCCUGGAGGCGAAGAUGAGCUGGACUGUGCGCCCGCCACCUGCCCGCCGCACCAUAUGGCAUGCGGCGACGGGUCGUGCAUCUCGGAGGUGUGGGUGUGCGACGGCGACCGCGACUGCGCGGACGGGCGCGACGAGGGCGCGUGGUGCGCGGCGCGCGCCUGCCAGCCGCCGCUGUUCCGCUGCCGCGCCGGCCGCUGCCUGCCGCCCGCCUGGCUGUGCGACCAACAGGAGGACUGUCCUAACGGCGAGGACGAGGUAGGCUGCGCGGGCGGCGGCGGCGGCUGCGAGCCCACGUACUACCGCUGCGCGGGCGGCGGGCGCUGCGUGCCGGGCCGCUGGCGCUGCGACUACGAGCGAGACUGCCCCGCCGGCGACGACGAGCGGGGCUGCACGCCACGGAACUGCUCCGAGACUGAGUUCCGCUGUGACUCCGGCGAAUGCAUCAGCGGCUCGCUGCGCUGCUCGGGCGCGUCGCAGUGCGGGGACGGCAGCGACGAGCGCGGCUGCGGGGGCGCCGGCGGGGGUGGGGGCGGGGGAGCGGGAGGGGGAGGGGGAGCCACCGCCGUCUGCACGCACUCCGGAGACACCAUACCGCAAGAGUGGUGGUGCGACGGCGAGGCGGACUGCGGCGACGGGUCGGACGAGGCGUCGUGCGGCGCGCGCCUGCUGCCCUGCGCCGGCGGCUGGCGGUGCGCGCGGGGGGCGGGGGCAGCGGGCGCCGGGGGGGAGGGGGGCGACUGUCUCCCUCACUCGUACCGCUGCGACGGCAAGGACGACUGCUGGGGCGCUGACGAGGGCGCGCAGUGCGAGCAUCUCGCGUGUAUGCCCGAUAUGAUCAGAUGCGGCGACAACACGUGCGUGCCGUCCAACCUGCAGUGCGACGGCGUGGCCGACUGCAGCGACGCCGCCGACGAGCUGCCCGAACUAUGUGGGCGUCUCGGCAUCAGGUCGAACCUGUGCGAGGAAGGCGAGAAGCUGUGCCCCGACGCGCGCUGCGUGCCCGAGGAGGGCUCCUGCGAUGAAGCGUGGGCGCGCGCGGCGUGCGACUGGCAGGCCUGCUCGCAGCUGUGUCUGCAGCGCCAGCACCACAACCACACCUGCAAAUGUGCGAGCGGCUACCGACAACACAAGAGUGCGGACGGCAACGUCACCUGCGAGAUACUCGGUCCGCAGCCCGAGCUGCUGGUGGCGAGCGAGACGGAGAUACAGGUGUGGGCCAUGUUCAAGAGAGAGACGGACGCCAGGACCAUCUACAAACACAAGCCAGAAGACGGAGUGCGCAUCUCGGCGGUGGCGGGCGGCGCGGCGGAGGGCGCAGCGCGCUACUGGUGGGCGGACCGCAAGCACGGACACAUCUACGCCUUCACACCCGGCGCCGGCGCUGAACCUACCAUCAUUGUACGCGACGCGGGCGCGGUGCGCGCGCUGCGCGUGGAGUGGGCGUCCCAGCGCCUGUACUGGGUGUCGCGCGGGGGCGCGGGGGCGGGGCCGGGGGGCGCGGGGGGCGUGUACAGCUGCGACCUGCGCGGCGCGCGUCGUCUCACGCACUACACGCACCACCUCGCGUACCCAGAUGACUUAGUGCUGUUUAAUGAGACUAGAGAGAUGUUCUGGACGGACCUGGGCCCGCAGCCCGGCAUCUACCGCGCGUCGCUGUCUGGCACGGGGGCGCGGCUGCUGGCUGCGCCGCCCCCAGGGGCCCCCGCGCCCCCCGCGCCCGCCCCCGCGCGCCGCCUGCGCCGCCCCGCCGCGCUCGCGCUCGACGCCCCCGCUAGGAGGCUGUACUUCUAUGACGACUACUACGGGACCCUGGAGACGGUGCGGCUCGACGGCACACAGCGGGCGCUGCGGAUCGUGGCCGGACGGGGGAACAACAUCACGCAUUAUAAUGUCACUGAAGCGGGAGCAGCAUCACCUGGUCUCCCGCACGGCUGCGCGCGGCUGGCGGUGUGGGGCGAGCGCGUGCUGUGCGCACACGCGCACGGGCUGCUCGCGACGGACAAGCGCCGCCGCGGGGCGCCGCUGCAGGCCACGGGGGCGCCCCUGCACCUCGUCGACAUACAUAUUAUGCACCCUGCCUUGUAUACUUAUGAGAGCAACCCGUGCCUGGCGGAGCGGCGCUGCGCGGGGGGCGCCGUGUGCGUGCCGUCCAGCGACAACGUGGACCACGCCACCUGCCUGUGCCCCGACCAGCGCCGCGCCAAGACCAGCGAGGACGGCUCGGUGCGCUGCGUGUCUCCCAGCUCCCCCGUCCCCGCGGCCCCUCCCGCCCCCGCGGCCCCCGCGUGCCCGGCCUCGUGCGGGGGCGGCGCGUGCGUGGUGUCCGGCGGCGUGGUGUCGUGCCGCUGCCAGGAGCUGUACUCGGGCCCUCGCUGCGAGACCUACCGCUGUGCCGACUACUGCCGCCGCGGCCGCUGCGAGCUGGACGCCGCCGGGCCACGGGGGGCUGAUGGGAAACUGCCGCUCAAGUGCAUCUGCCCGGCGGGUCGGUGGGGCGCGCGCUGCGAGCUGUCCGCCCCCGCGCCCGCCCCCGCCCCCGCGCCCCCCGGCCCGCAGUGCGCGGGGGUGCGGUGCGAGAACGGCGGCGCGUGUCGUCAACAACACGACCUGGCGGAGUGUGUCUGCGCCCCCGGGUUCGUGGGCGCGCGCUGCGAGCAGUGCGUGGACGCGGCGCCCUGCCCCGCCGGGGGCGUGUGCCGGCGCAAGGCGGGGGGCAUGGUCUGCGAGCCCCCCGCGACACAGUGCAGCGAUGAGCUGUGCGGAGAACAUGGCACGUGCGUGUUGGUGAACUCGACGGCCGCCUGCUCCUGCGCGGCGGGCUGGGCCGGCGCGCGCUGCGACCUGCCUGACGCCACGCACGAGGCGCGGGGACACGAGUUGUGCACCGCGGACCGGUGCCUGCACGGCGGGUCGUGCGUGCUGACGGCCCCCGCCGCCGGGGACGCGGGGGACGCGGGGGGCGCGGUGUGCGCGUGCGCGGGGGGCUGGGGCGGCGCGCGCUGCGCCCACUACGUGGGGCGCGACCACGCGUGCGACGCGGCCGCCUGCGCCGCGCCCACCAUCUGCGUGUGGGCGCCGGGCGCGGGCGCGGGGCCGGGCGCGGCGCAGUGCGCGUGUCCCCUGGGCGCCCCCUGCGCGCCGCCCGCCCCCGCCGCCCACGCCGCGCUUUGGCUGGGCGCCGCCGCGCUGCUCGCCGUGCUGCUCGCGGUGGCAGCCGUCGUCUACCACAUCUACAGGAAGAGUCGGGAGGGUCUGUUCGGUCACUCUCGGCUGGCGGACAACGUGGAGAUCUCCAACCCGAUGUACCUGGCGGGCGAGGAGCUGGAGCCGGAGCCCUACGAGCGACACAAGAACGGAGGCAAUCACUUCGCGAACCCGGUGUACGAGAGCAUGUACUCGCCGGAGCGCGCCACCACCGAGGAACACGCGACACUUCUAGAGGAGGGCUCGGGGUCGCCGCCGCCCGCCGAGCGCGCCGCGCUGCUGUGAGCGCCCCCGCUGGGUGUUGGCGCCCCCGUGCAGGUAGCGCCCCCACACAAAUGGGGAACUAGACACACGCCGGCGGACGCACGCUGAUUGUACAUAAUUAACUAUCUGUCAUCCACAUCUUGUAUGUAAAUUGACGACCAAAAAUUUAUGUGACAAAGUACUAUGUGAUUUAUAUACUUACAAUUAUUGUGAUUUUAUAAUCGACUACUACGUUAGUUUUAAGUUUUAAAUGUAAUAUUGACGAAUCGAAAUAUUGAUACGCAACACCUUCAGACAUAAUAUCCAUGACAUGUUUUAAUAUACUAUGAUAAUGAGUGAGAUUGUGAAGAAAAUUCAAUAAUUGAUACUGAUAAUGAUAUAAACAACCACACAUACUCAAUAUUGUAAAUUAUUCACAUCAUAUUAAGUUAUGUUAUUAUAGUUGUACGUUUAAGCUCAAAUUCUGUGCCAUUUAAAUAUAAUACUUUUAGAAAUGGAAUGUAUUAAAUUAUUUUUUUACGUUGAAUGUGAGAUCUUGAUUAUCUGUGUCGUUACUGUUAUGAUUAAGUUAUAUGAAGGAAUAGGCAGCUACGAAGCGAGGUUGUGAUCGGCUCGGUCCAUGCAAUUUGGAGCUUUAAUAUUGUUUAUGUAAGGUUGAAUCUCACUCGAUGACCGAACGUUUGUGGCGAACAUCAGGCUAACUUGAGCUUAUAAUAAUAAAACCUGCUGUACUCGUACAACUAGGACCCUUAUUUAUUAGGUAAAUUUUACAAAUGCAUGUUCCACUUUGUUUAAAGUUAGAGUAAGUUAGAAGUAAACAUGAACUCGGCAUCUCAUAGAUAAGUACAAUAAUGUAAUGUGUGUGUGUGUGUGAGUGAGUGGACACAGCGACAUCACAGGACGUAGUGACGAACAAAUCUCAAGUACUACGCAAAUAAAUCUGAAUAAACAUAUUUUGUGAACUA